AUGGGGCAGAACUGCUGCGCCAGUAGCCGCAUCUUUGUUCAACGAGAUAUCUACGCAACUUUCCUGGCAAAGUUCAAGACUCGAGCUGAGAGGAACGUCCUUGGAUCGCCCUUUGAUGGCAACCCUUUCCUAGGACCACAGAUAAGCGGCGCGCAGCAUUCCAAGAUUCUCGGCAUAAUCCAAGAAGCCAAGGCAGAAGGUGCCGUCUGUAUAGCUGGAGGAAAGUCGCCUUAUGGGUGGUUCGUUGAACCCACCAUCUUCAAAGACGUCAAGAGCACUAUGAAGAUUGCACGAGAAGAGGUCUUUGGCCCUGUCGUCGUUGUGGCGCCCUUUGACGACGAGGGUGAAGCAAUACAGAUGGCCAACGACUCUUGCUACGGCUUGGCCGCCGGCGUCUUCACCUCGGAUAUCAAGGAGGCUAUACGGAUUACGAAAGGGGUAGCUGCAGGAACCGUCUGGGUGAACUGUUACAAUGCCAUCUCCCAUCAACUCCCGUUUGGCGGAUACAAGCAGAGCGGGAUUGGAAAGGACCUUGGACAAGCAUCCGUCGAUGAAUUUAGUCAAGUCAAGACCGUACGUGUCUGGACUUGA